CAGCGCGAGCCCAUUGGCUCGUGCUCCAAGCUCCGCCUGAGCUGACCUAGCGCGUGACGGCCAAGGAAGCCCGAGUGUUACACACUGACCUAACGGCCGGUGCUGCGCGUGCUGACGUUCCUUGUCUGUCUCAGGAGUUUGUUUGGGAAGUUUACCUGGCUGUCGCUGAUGGAGACCAGACAACAAGAGUUGUACUCUAGUGUUCUGAGUGAAGCAGUCGUGGACUGGGGCAGCAUGGGUCCUGGAGAGGAAUGGGUUAACUCAGCCAAACACGAGGGAGAGCAGGACUGUAUAAAGCCCUCUGGAGAGGAGUUGGUUAAAAGGAGCUCAUAUGGUGAAGACUUUGCUCCAGUGGCCCAUCAUGGGGAAAAUCUGACAGAAUGGGGUAAAACUUCACCAUCAGGGGACGAUCAGUGGGGUCAGACAUCAAUGUCCCACUCUGACAACUGGGUCAUGUCCACCACUUGGGAUAUGCAACUGGACAGCACAGAGAGAAGACACCUCACAGCAGGUUUUCUGGACUCUGAGCCAUUGAGAGAGGCUGAUGAAGAUUUGAUGUCGGGUGCCAACUUAAACAACUCCAUCAUGACGGAGGAGGAGAGAGAGGAGAUUCAGCAAGAAUUAGCUAAACUGGAAGAGGAGAUCAGUACGUUGAAGCAGGUGUUGUCGUCGAAAGAGAAGCAGCAUGCAGACCUCAGACAGAAACUGGGCAUCACUCCUCUGAGCGAGCUCAAAAACAACUUCAGUAGAGGCUGGCAUGACAUGCAGACCUCCACCGCGUACGUUUGCAGCUAUAAGAAGACAUCAGAGACACUGUCCACAGCAGGACAGAGAACCACAGCAGCCUUCAGCACACUGGGCAGCGCCAUCACCAGGAAGUUCGGGGACAUGAGCAUGGUUGGUCUAGAGUUACUGUUCCCUCGGAGGUCCAACUCUAUAGGCUACUCUAUCAAACACUCUAUGAGCAUGCCCGCAAUGAGAAACUCGCCCAGUUUCAAGUCUUUUGAGGAGAAAGUUGAGAAUACAGUGUCCACUAUCAAGACAAAGGUUGGUGGUUCAGAGACCGGAGGCAGCUUUGAGGAAGUCCUCUCCUCUGCAGCCAACGCCAGCUCCCAGGACACGCCCACUAACAACUUGACGGACAGCUCUGAUAGGCCGUGUUAGAGCUGCAUCCACACCAUGAGGCAGGACUUAAAACCAGGAACUCUUAUCACUGCUGUAUCGCAGCACAUAUGUACUCAACGCUCUGUCUCCUAACACUUGGAUGGAAUUUCCUGCAACCCUAAAUGCUUAGACUUGAUAGAAUAUAACAAAUGUCACCUGCCCUCCUCCAGUGGCCUCCAAACCAUGUUAAACCACAGAUGUUGAUCAGACGGGGUUGAAGGGGAGAAGGAGCCAAGCCUUUAGUUAAAAAAUAAUGAAUUGAAAGGAGGCUGAGCAGAUUCCAAGUCAGCUCCAGGAGGCAGAUGGAAUCAAAACCUUGUAUUUCUUCUGUCGCUUAAGUUGAGCGUAUCUUGGUUUGGCUCAUGUAGUUACCCUGUCAUCCUGAGAACUCAGCUGUCAAAUCACAAGAGGUUAUGAAUUCCUUCUUUUGCUUAUGUAAAUUCGACAUAAGUGGAAACAGCCAUGUUGGUGCAGUAUCAAAACUCUACAUCACUACCACUUAUAACUUUCAUACCAAAAAAUACAAAACUACAUUUUUAGGUUAUUGUUAGAAAUGUUUGAUUAAAAAAAUACAUUUUAUGUUACAUUUUCAACUACCUAGUACUUUUUUUACUAAAACAUUUCAAAAUGUGUAUAGAACCCUGUCAAGUUGUAUAAAUGAUUUUACACUAAAACAGAAUAUCUUGCUGUUAUGAUUUUGUUUUGGCACCUAAAAAUGAUCUGUUGUGGGCUAACUUUGCAAAUGCAGCCAGUCAAACUACCUUUUGAAAAUCCCAGCUGUUAUAGUUUGGAUUGGGGCCUAUUUGAAUGCUGGAUCCUACUCGUACUGGCAAGCAUAUUUAGUCUGUGCAUUCACACUAUAGGACAAAGUAGUCUAUAGGAAGAAAUGAAACACGAUAUAUUUGCCGUGUGCUGUGAAAUAUGGGCACACUGGGUUUUUUCCAUGUGUAAAUAUAACAGUGGAGGAUAAUUUGGUUUUUCUCUUGGCUGCCUAGAAAUAUGAAGUCACACAGAAUCUGAUUGAUGCUGGAGAUUAAAAAACACCACAGCUGAACUGUUGCACCUCAGAUUAGUGCUGAAGGUAAAAAGAUUUUAACCUGUAGAGAUCCAGGUAAUGUUAAAAAAAAGUUGACAGUUUUUCUACAUCACCUGCUCUAAAACCUUUUACGUCUGAGUCAUUUAGGAUAGAAAAUCUGAUGCCUAAUGCUAUGUAAGUGAUACAGGAUAUAUAACAUUAACAUAACAUCACACUGUAGCUGCAGCAGAGCUGUAAUACAAUCCUUGACUGUAACGUGACCCUGAAAUCCAAGACACGCUGUUACUUGCUCUGCUGUGGCACUGAUCUGAUUUUUAACUUCCUUUAGCAAAGCUAACCUGUUUAAUGCUGAAAGAAAGUACGGAGUUACACAAGAAUUCCACAAAAAAUGAUGAAAAAUCUUAUUAUAUGGUCUCUGCAGCUGCUGCAUAACUUUGCAAUCAAAGUAACGUUCUGUUUUCGACAUAAUCUGUUUUGUGUUUCGUUUCUCUCAUAUCGUCUUUCACGUCAUUUUAUUUUCUUUGCUGUGAUUUGAGAAGAUGCCUCCGGAUCAUUUCAUGCUCAACGCAGUCUGUCCAUGAGAUGUAUUUGUUAAAAUUCAUGUCAACAAUCAAGUGCUGAAAGAUCUUGUGUAGCAAGAAAAGAUUGUCAGGUCUGACCUAUUACAGAAUAACUGAGGUAAUGCAUGUUCUGUCAUUGGAAAUUAAUUACAGUAUACAUUUUACAUUUGUAUAUUGUGUUGAAAUCAUAUUGUACUCAGCACCAGUUAAAAGACCUUUUUCUUUUUAACAAAAUAUUUUACUAAAACAUAACACCCAGAGACAUAACAGUGACAUUCAAAUGAAGUGAUGUUUAACAUCUGUAUUCAAACAGCAUUAGAAAUAUCUGUUAUUAUAUUAUUCCGCUGAUGUAUUGAUAUUAAAGAUUGUUUAAACCAAACUAAAUAUCACAGAUGACUGUUUUUACAAUAAACACUGAAAACUGUGACUGAACCUGUUGAUAAAACAACCAAACAAACUAUAGUAGAUAUAUAAUAAUAAAAAUAUAAUAAUGUGCAACUGAAUGCAACAUAAUGAAAAUAAUAUCCACAUCAUGUCAACAACACUGUAUUCCUGAGUAUGCUAUUACCAAAAAAAAUGUAUAUUACUAACAUGUUCUGUAUAUUGCACAGUAACACCAUCAGAAAAUGCAUUAACAGUUUUUUUUUCUGAUGGUGCUGCACCAUUGUUACAUUUUUUUAUGCAUUAUGCAACACUAUAAUGCAAUAUCUUUAUCUAUAUAUAGAGAUAUAUAUAGAUAUAUAAACAAACAUGUCAAAAUGUAAUAAAAUGUAUCGGUGGAUUGGAAACAUACAAUAAAGCCUGUUGAUGUAAA